AUGGCAGCAUUCCCUCCCGGCGGUACCUUCUUCGACACCCUGAAGCGUAGCUUCACCGAUGUCCCUGUCGAGAAUGGCAAGAUUGCCACUACUCAGUUCCUUGAGGCUUGCGAGAGCUUGACCACUCUCUUUGAUGUUCUCGGUUCAACCGCCUUCAAGCCCGUCAAGUCAGAUAUGACCGGCAACAUCAAGAAAAUCCGUGACCGUCAACUUGCUGCUCCCGUCGACUCAGAGACCCUCCAAGACCUCGUUCGCAGCGAGCUCGCAACCAAGAAGCACACCGCAACAGAAGGUCUUGUCUGGUUGAACCGUGCCCUCGACUUCACCUCCCAGGCUCUUCGCCAGAACCUGACCAACUCCGGAGAGGAAGUCAGUGUCUCGUUCCGCUCUGCCUACGGCAACACCCUCAGCAAGCACCACAGCUUCAUGAUCAAGCCUAUUUUCAGCGCCGCCAUGAGCGCAACUCCCUACCGCAAGGACUUCUACGCCAAGCUUGGUGACGACCAGGCUCGUGUUGAGAAAGAGCUUGGUGCUUGGUUGAGCAGCCUCGAGAACAUUGUGAAGAUCUUGAACGACUUCCUGGCCUCCAAGGAAGCCAAGUGGUAA